UGAGACUGAAUUAUUUUACUAUCGUCCAGAGCUGAUGAGUGUUGGAAUGGAGUGAAUAGACUCAGUUCGGCUAUGUUUAAGCCCCCUGCUCUGCUUAAGUAUUUACUACAGUACACGUUCCUGAUGUACACUUUCCCUGAGCUUCAGGUUUCAACUAAAACCAAUACUAUGAUCGUAAAUGUGUAUUAAAUAGGGUAGCAGCAUAUAUGUAUGUACCAGUCUCUGAAAAAAUGUCACACACUCCACAAAUCUUCAUCCUCCUAUGUUUCCCACCUCAUUGAUCAUUGUUUACAUUCAAAGUCUUUAACUUUAGCUACAUUAAUACAUGCCCAUUUGAUAAAAACUGGUUUAAAUCGUCAUACUUAUCAGGGUAAUAAUUGUGUGAAUCUGUACUCUAAGUUGGGGAGUGUUAAAGAUUCUUUACUAGCAUUUCAUGACAUUGAGGUGAAAAAUGUGGUGUCUUGGAACAUUUGCUUGAUGGGUUUUGUGAAAUGUCAAGAUUUGGUUGGUGCAUGGAAGGUGUUUGGUGGAAUGCCUGAAAGGGAUGUUGUUAGUUGGAAUAGUAUGAUUUCUGGGUUUGCUUCUAGUGGGCUUGGUGAUUGUGCAUUGGGUUUGUUUAGGGAAAUGCAGAGCGAGGGUGUUAGGCCAAGUGGGUUUACGUUGUCGAUUUUGGUGUCGUGUGUUGGGUGUGGUAGAUGGGGGAAGGAGAUUCAUGGGAGUAUGAUAAGGAGUGGAGUGGAUUUGGGUAAUGUGGUUGUUGGGAAUUCUUUGAUUGAUAUGUAUGGGAAGCUUGGGUUAUUGGAUUAUGCUUUUGGAGUGUUUUUGUGUAUGGAGGAGUGGGAUGUUAUUUCGUGGAACUCGUUGCUCUCGGUUUGCUGUAAAUCAGGUCGGGAGGAAUUGGCGUUAAUUCAUUUUUGUACAUUGAGAGGGAGAUUUUUGGUGGAUGAGUUUACGAUAUCUACAGUCGCAACUGCAUGUUCCAACUUGCAUGAUUUGGGAAUGGGUAAGCAAAUCUUAAGUAUUUCUGUUAAAUUGGGGUUUCUUUCAAAUACCGUUGUUUCAAGUGCAAUGAUUGACAUGUUCUCCAAAUGCAACAGAGGGGAGGAUGCAGUUCUUGUCUUUGAAUAUGUGCAUGUGAAGGAUUCAGCAAUUUGUAACUCAAUGAUUUCUAGUUAUGCAAAAAAUGGGCGCGAGGAGGAUGCAUUGCAACUAUUUGUCUGGACCUUAAGGAAGGACUUCAAACCAACUGAGUUUACACUCAGCUCUGUUAUAAGUUGCACAUCAGUCCUUAAUCCCCUGGAGCAUGUUAGUCAUUUUCAUUGUUUAGUAGUCAAAUUAGGUUUUGAGUCAGAUUCCGUUGUUGCUAGUUCUCUUGUAGAAAUAUACAGUAAGUAUGGGGUGAUAGAUUUUGCAAUGAUUAUCUUUAACGACAUGGUUUUAAAAGAUUUGAUAUCUUGGAAUAUGAUGAUUUUGGGGUUGACCUACAAUGGGAAAGUAUUAGAAUCCCUAGACCUUUUUAAGGAACUACUUGAAACAGGCCCACCACCAGACCACAUCACAAUGACUGGAGUUUUAUCAGCUUGCAACUAUGGCGGAUUUGUAAAUGAAGGAAUGUCUAUAUUCGCAUCGAUGGAAAAGCAAUACAGGGUUAAACCUGGAAGUGAGCAUUAUGUUUGUGUAGUGGACAUGAUGAGUCGAGCAGGUCAUCUUGAAGAAGCCUAUAAUAUUUUAGAAACAAUGCCUUGUGAACCCCAAGUCCUUGGUUGGAUUUCUAUACUUUAUGCUUCUGAAAUGUAUAAUGACUUGAAACUCAUAGAAAAAGCUUCUGAAAGGAUAUUGGAUUUGGAACCACAAUUGUCUCUUCCUUAUUUGGUGUUGGCUAAAGCUUAUGAAAGAAGAGGCAGAUGGGAGAGCCUUGUUCGGGUAAGAAAGGCCAUGGAAGCGAGACAUGUGAAAGAAAUGGUGGGAUUUAGUUCAGUUGGAAUAAGGAACCGUGUAUACUUGUUUAGAGAAAAUCAACUGCUACACUGUGGUGGCAAUGACAUAUAUUCAACCCUAAGAUUACUGCAAGAGGAUGUUGAACACACUGAAAGAAAUUGGCAGAUGAUAUAAGGACUGAUGCCUAAGUUGUUCACAUAUUAAACAUAUGGUAUACUAAGUGUUCAUAGAAAAGCUUUAGUACAAGGAAACAAGCCCCCGGAGUCCCCUUACACCCACAGUCCCAGACAGCCAGACUUCCAGGUGAUAAAGUUGUUCCGCACGUUGAGAGUUUUGAAUCCGAGGAUUCGUCUCUUGUUGCUGAUGUAAUUGUCCAAAAUCCAGACAUAAGCCGGAACAAGGGUUGUGGUAGUCGAAUCAAAAGCAGUCGAGAACUAUCUCAAGAAGAUCGGAAAAAAAAGAAAGUGCAGCAACUGUGGCCAUCUUGUACGCCACAAUGCUAGGACAUGCCCUGAACCCAAAAAGACGGAUGCAUUGUAAACUUCAUUUUGAAGUAAAUUACUUAUAUUGGAGUUAUUUCUGUUGUCAUUUUUUUUCAGUGAACAAUCCUUCAUUUGUAAGUCUUAUAUUCGAACUGCAUUUGUCUGUGUUGUCA